UUCCGGGGGGGUUAUUUAUGUGGAACACAGCCUCACAUGACGUCGUGAAAGUGGAAAUUGAGCAGAGAGCCGAACAAACAAACCAACAAACAAACACGGCCGUUUAUUAGAGAUGAAACUGAAGUCAGUGUGACGGUACAUUAAGGCUGUUAGCAUGUUAGCUGAGAAGUCUGCUGAAUAAUGUAAUGUAUUUAAUGUGUUUAACUGACGGUUAGCUUAGCUUCAAUUAUUGUACCCGGUUGUAAACAUGGAGCAGCCUGACAGCGUCACCGAGGAGGAGGUUCAACAGCCUGACACCGACGGAAGGUCAUCACGAUGGAGGAACUGGUCCGGGUUCUGGCUUCUCGGAUUGUGCAACAACUUCGCUUAUGUUGUCAUGCUGAGCGCGGCCCACGACAUCCUCAAGAAGCAAGAGUCAGAGAACGCCACAGUGACGGCCUCGGCCGCUCUGACCGUGGGAGGAGGGAACAGCAGCAGCAGCAACAGCAGCCGCUACGACUGCAACCCCGUCUCUACUGCGGCUGUUCUGUUAGCCGACAUCCUCCCAACGCUCGUCAUCAAACUGACCGCUCCCUUUUUCAUCCACAAGAUGCCGUACGGGAUCCGAGUGUUGUUCUGCGCCGCCAUGGCAGCGUCCAGCUUCCUCCUCGUGUCGUUCUCCUCCUCCGUGUGGAUGAGCAUCCUCGGAGUCAUCUUUGCCAGCUUCAGCUCUGGACUGGGAGAACUCUCCUUCCUGUCCCUCACCGUCUUCUUCAGCAGGGAUGUUCUGGGAUGUUGGGGGUCUGGUACUGGUGGUGCUGGUGUUGCUGGAGCCCUCCUCUACUCGCUUCUCACACAGGCGGGCCUCUCUCCUCGUGUUACACUCCUCAUGAUGCUGGUGGUCCCGGUCGGCAUGUUGAUGAGCUAUUUCCUCCUGCUGGAUCCUCCGCCUGACUUACCUCAGUGGCAAAGCAGAGAGACAGAGUACACACCUGUGGGCUCAGAGGAUGAUCAGAGGCAGCGGCUGAUGGAUGGAUCAGAAGAGGAGGAUAACUCAACCCCAGAGGAGCGACACACCGGCCUCCUCAGCUUCCAGGAGAAACUGCACGUCAUCAGAGGCCUGCUGAAGUUCGUGUUUCCUCUCGGACUCGUCUACUUCGCCGAGUAUUUCAUCAACCAGGGCCUGAUGGAGCUUCUGUACUUCCCAAACUUCUUCCUCUCUCAUGCAGAGCAGUACCGCUGGUACCAGACGCUGUACCAGGUAGGCGUGCUGGUGUCUCGGUCGUCCCUGUGCUGUCUGAAGAUCAGGAAGCUGUGGGCUCUCUCUCUGCUGCAGGUGGUGAACGCCGUGCUGCUCCUGUUCGCAGUAAAGUACCAGUUCCUGAGCAGCGCCUGGGUGGUGUUUGUCAUCAUCCUGUACGAGGGUCUGCUGGGUGGAGCUGCAUACGUCAACACCUUCUACUUCAUCAGCAAAGAGACGGAGGACAGACAGAGGGAGUUUGCGAUGGCUGCUGCCAGCGUGGGAGACAGUCUGGGCAUCGCUCUGGCCGGACUCGCUGCUUUCCCCGUGCACAGAUACUUCUGUUCCCUGUGAGCCGCCCACACGGCAGCAGCAGCAGCAGCAGCAGCAGCAGCAGCAGCAGCAGCAGCAGCAGCAGCAGCAGCAGCAGCAGCUCGAUGAAUAAGACGGACGUGGGAGCUUUUCAUCUGAAGAUUUAUUUCAGUCUGAUAUGAGACUCUCUGACAGAGGCAGACUCUCCUCCUACAUGAAACAGAGGAGGUACAAACUCACCGUCUCUGCACUCCAGCAGAGUUUCAGGCGUCUGUACUUUACUUUAGUUUUUAACAUCUUAACUCAUGAAUCUGCUUUUUAUGCCUUACAUUUACAGAACAGGCUUUUUACUUUAACUUUCAUGCAGUGAGGAUUUUUAAUGAUUUUAUUUUGCAUCUUUGCACACCUCCUUCACAGCAUGUAGACUGACUGCAGCCUGAAUGGAGGAGUCAAUAACACAUAAAGACGGUUCUCUGGUGUCUGUCUCAGUGCAUUGAGCACCAAAGACUUCAUUUUAAAUCUUAUUCCAUACUUGAGCGCAUCCCAGUGAAGAAAAUCUGAUUAUUCUGUUACAAAGAGCAGAAAACACUCUUUUAGAUCUCGCACCAAACUCACUGACAGAAACUGCACUAAGACAAUCCCUCUCAUGGUUCAACAUUUUAAAGAGAAGGGCAUGAGAAUUCCACACAGAGGAGGGGCUGAUAAAUACUUGGUUGGGCUGUCGUAACAAUAAGAAAGCUCACGCACUGACAUUAUACAUACCAUAAUAAGAAAGGACCAAGCUUAGUAAUACUCUUUAUCUGAGCAGCACCUUUCAUACAUGGAGAAUAAGUCAAAGUGUGUGACAUUAAAGUCAAACAACAGGAACAGAAGACCAAAGAGACAGAUCAAAACCAGUGUAAAUAUUGUGCCUUAGAGAGAGAGUUAUGCAAGAGCUGAUGUAUAGUGAAUGGGUGAUUAUGCAAACAUGGCUGAAGUGACCAAAGGUACCUUUUAAUUUUAGUUCCUAUCAAAGAUUAUUGAAGGUUAUUUUACGUGCAUGAACAUUAUGUCUUUAUUCAGAGUGGUGAUCCAGAAAACUCAUUUUUAAACACGGUACAGAUACACAAACUUACACAAAGAAAACCAGUGUGCACAUUCCUGCUGAACUCUGUACAACCUUUAUUUUACAUCCUCCUGCAGUGUGUUGUGGAUUCAUGUUACACUGUAAAGAAAAACAUGUGAAUAAAAUUUUAAGUGGUUUAAAAAA